UUAUCUUCUUCAUACAGUUAUAAAUCAUUUUUAAAAUCGGAAUAUUGAAAUAAAUAUAAUUUAAAAAAUGAAAUUUCUUAUAAGUUUAUAUUUCAUUUUGGCAUUGUCAUCUUUAACUUUGGGCAAAUCCAGGAAAUGGGGCAAACGUCAAUAUAACGAUCGUUUAUUGUAUCGCGAAAAUAUUGUACGUUUUCCGAUCAAAAAACAUGUAAUUGAGGUUCAAGUAUCCUAUCCACGACAUAAUGUCUAUCCUAGAUAUAAUGUAACGGCCGUAUUUGUUUAUGAUCGUUUUACCAAUAGUUCUGGUGCCGUACCCAAACGUAUUCAAAUGCUGCAAAGACUCCAAGGUGUCCUUUACAAUACAACUACGGUUAUUUUAAAAAGUCAAAAUUCAAGAGGUAUUAAUUCUACUGUUGAAAUUUAUGGCAAAUGUUGGAAGUGUUAGGAAAGGGAAUUUCUUUAAUUUUCCAAUAAUAUUUAAAUAAAUAUUGAUUUUCAAAAAUAAUUAAAAAAAA